GCUUGGCUGUCCAGCCUGAUGCGCGUGGGGCCUUCCCUGCUUCCGAUCAGCGCAGGAGGCCGCGAGAUGCCCUUUGCUCUGGUGUGGCCACAAGCAGCCUACCUCCACUUCGGGGUGAAGCGAGUAUGGAGCCUGGGUGAGUACACACAGUGGGCGGACCUUUGUGCAGCGCUUUGUGCUUUGGGCGUUCAGGUUCAGCUGAACCCGUACGGCAAAGGGAAGAUGCCCACCGCAGAUCUAUACCAGAAGAACGACCUUGUUUUCACUGACUACGACGGAGUCCAUGGUGGCAAGUCCAAGCAUGCCAUGCCUCCAGCUGACAAAACAUGGCUGCUGGACACCUUUGGCACGGAUGGUACAGUGUUGGAGCAUAAGUUUUGGGGGCGCAUCCGGCCUUUGACGGACUACCCUCUCAACCGCUUCCUGACCCUCAUUCCAGGCUUCAGCACUCGGAACACUUUCCUUGGAGCAGCGACUGUGGCCGGCCGCACUGAGGAUUUUGCCGCGGCGCAGCUCCCUCACCGCAGCUGGCAGUGUGUGCUGUGGAGCAAGGUGCAUCCGUGGUUAAACACAUCCCUUGGGUGGCCAGCAUAUCACCAGAAUCUGCUACGGGAGUACUCAAAGUACUGCAAGGUCAUCGCAACUAUAGACAAGCAGGAUACCUAUGGGACGGAGCGCAUCCUCCAAUCCUGCUGCCCUGAAGUGGACGUGCGCAGUGUCCAGUCUCCGGCAGCCUUCCGCGAGUUGUUGCAAGCCUCAGCCGUCUACGUUGGUGUAGGGGAGCCCUUGAUCGCGCCCUCGUGCUUCGAAGCUUUGAGUGCAGGAACUCAUGUUAUUCAACCCCGUUUCCCGGAGCCACGCACAGUGCCCAACAAGCCCAUCACACAGAAGUGGACGUCCCAACAUCCCUUCCUGGAGCAGGUGCCAGAGCCUUUUGCUUAUACUGUCGAUCCGGAGGACUUGAAGGCCUUGGGCGGGACUUUCCGAAAGCUGCGUAUGGCCUUUGACUCUGUUUACGGGAAGGGGGCAGUAGCGCUCAACACUACGCUGCGGAACUUCUAUGCAACGGGGGAGUACCCGGGCAGGGAAGUCUACUCCACGGAGGGCUUCCUACAGCGAGUAGCGCACAUCGUCAACAGCACUAGGAGCCUUGGGCCAGAAGACUGGGAGUGGGAACGACAAGACCAUCCACAGCUGCUUCCCUCCAGGGCAUUCCCGGCAAAAGCGGACGGCUAG